AUGUCCGCUCCAUACACCACAGGAUGGGUACAUAAUCUCAAAACUGCGCCGAGUGAGAGUGAUGCACAAGGUAUCAUAGCACUUGCAGUGGUUUUCCCUCUUCUGGCUGUCCUCUGUGUUGGGCUCAAGUUCAGAAUCCGGAUAAAGACGAUCGGUUCAGUCGGGUGGGACGAUAUUGCAUUGGCCAUUAGUUGCGGAUUGAACAUUGGCUACAGUGCCACCGCCAUACAUCAAACCAAAUGGGGCCUUGGUCUCAAAGCAGCAGACUUUCCACCAGAGAAUGCAGUACCCUUCAGUAGGAUACAAUUUGCUGGAGGACCACUGUACUGCCUCACGGUCUUGGGCUUCAAACUGUCGCUGCUGAUCAGCUACCUUCGAGUCGCCGGCUUCAACCGCACAUAUGCCACUGUCGUUUGGACAGUCUUGGUUUCUGUCGUGAUUAGUCAGAUCCUGUUCACUAUACUACUUUCGGUCGGCUGCCAACCGAUCGCGAAGCAAUGGGACCCGAGCAUUCCUGGCAAAUGUCUCAAUGCGCUGCCAAUAUAUUUCGCACUCGGUGGUACAAGUUUAGGAUGGGAUCUGAUUAUCAUUGUCCUCCCUUUUCCAAUCUUGCGAAGGCUACAACUUGACUCCCACAGAAAGAUUGCACUGUUUGCCGUGUUCAGUUUAGGCUUCUUCGUCACCAUCGUCCAGGCAAUCCGGUUGACAAGCAUUGCAAGGCUUGCAACUUAUACAGACUCUAAAGGGUCCAUCCAGUGGUCUGCUGUCGAGAUCAAUCUUGGUGUUGUUGUCGCAUGUGUUCCAACAUUUGGACCUCUCAUCAAAAGAUUCGGCCAGAAAGUUUCGCGAGGAUCGCGUUCGAAGGUGUCCAAACUGGCCAACUCGUCGCGACGAAAGACGAACGAAACACGCAGUCGGAUCCCUACAGAGAGGACCCGUAGCUGGAAAGGCCCAACAGUGGCGGAAGAUGAAAUUGAGCUAUGGACGUCCACAAAUCGCAUUGUCGGAGGCGCGUCUCGAAUGCAAAGCUCAGCAACAGGGUCAGACAAUGACGAAGAGGGUAAGCAGAGUGCACCUCAGUCUGUCGACGAGCGACAAAUCCGGGUCCAGCGCGAUGUUACAAUCCAACACGAUGAAACUGUUUGUCAGCGUGUAUAA